AUGGCACACAGUAUCGACCUGUCUAACAGCAUCACAAUGCAUCCUCACCCUUUCCAUCUUCAUCCAAAUCGCACGGAGCAUUCACGGUCUGGGAACCACACGCCAAUCCCCUCCCAGUCGUCUGCGAAACCUGCUGCGACCACAGCUUUCGAAGCUGUCACUCCAGGAAAUGAGGUCCACGAUCCGAUCGCGAGACACCCGACUUCCAUGAGCAUGAACGAUUUAGAAGACCAAAGACCUCCUCGAUAUACCCGCGAAAACGACCCAUAUCAGCUUGCCUCCGCAUUCAAGAAUGAAGACGAUCUACGCUUGAUCACAGCAAAUACUUCUCGAAAACGCGAUGGCUGUGGUCCCAUCAAGUUCAACCAAGGCGCCAGUAAAGCCCAUGAGAUCAAGAAAUUCUACGAGAAUCAGAAUGAGAACAUCGAACGUAUGCUUAAACCGGUCGAGGAUCACGUCGAGCAAGCAAAGCAAGAAGCAGGUGAUGAUAAAUUGAAGUUUCAAAUCGCUUUCUAUGGAUCAUUCGGUGCCAGUAUCGUGUUGGCGGGACUCCAGCUGUACGGUGCCAUCUCCUCCGGCUCUCUUUCGCUUUUCACAACCAUGGCCGACGCAAUUUUUGAUCCUAUGUCCAACGUUACACUUAUCAUGACCAACCGCGCGAUCAAACGGGUAGAUCCGAACCGUUUCCCAUCAGGAAAGGCACGCCUCGAGACCGUGGGAAAUAUCGUCUUUUGCUUCUUGAUGACGACUGUGUCGUUCAUUUUGAUUGCCUUCUCCGUAAAGGAUCUCAUAGAUGGAAACCAUGGUGAGGUCAAGAAUUUCCACUAUCCCUCAGUCAUUGCAGUCGGUGCUGCAUUUGUCACGAAAUUGGGACUGUUUCUAUACUGCUGGGCUCUCAAGGACAAAUACUCUCAAAUCAACAUUCUGUGGCAGGAUCAUCGCAAUGAUCUCUUCAUCAACGGUUUUGGUAUCCUGACGUCUGUUGGUGGUUCCAAGUUGAAAUGGUGGCUCGAUCCAAUGGGAGCCAUUGUUCUUUCUCUUUGGAUCUCCCGAAAUUGGUUGUCUACCGCCUUUUCCGAAUUCCUCCUCUUGGUUGGAGUCACAGCCGGUGUUGAAAUCCAACAAUUGAUCACCUACGUCUGCUUGACCCACAGCCCCGACAUCGAAGGCAUUGACACCGUUCGUGUUUAUCACAGUGGGCCUCGAUUGAUUGCUGAAGUAGAUGUGGUCAUGAACCCAGGUCGAUCAUUAAGAGAGACCCAUGAUGUUGCUGAAGAGUUGCAGAUUAAGCUCGAGUCAUUGCCCGACGUGGAGAGAGCCUAUGUGCAUGUUGAUUAUGAGACGACUCACAAGCCCGAGCAUGCUUAUAAGAAGGAUAUUUGA